AUGAGUACCAAUCAAUUGAAUCUGUUUCGUUCGAUCUAUUUUGAGCGUGUCGGUGUUACUCCAGGUGGAAGACCAAAAUUAGACUGUGAUGAGUACGUCAUACGAAUAGCUUUUAGUACGGGGUUAUAUCAAGAUGACUUCAAGAUUAAAGGGUAUCAGAAUGGUCGGUUAUACCUGACUAAUAGAAGAGUAAUAUUUAUUGAAGAGACUAGUGAAUCUGAAAGUGUUGGUAUAAAUAUUUUGCAUAUAGACCAACUUGAUUAUUAUAGUGGUUUCCUAAAAUCGAGUCCCAAAAUAGUCUUAAAGCUGAAACACCAACCGGAAGUAUUAUCCAUGAAAAAAUCUGAUCGAAAGAUGCUUUCAAUUAGUUGGGUUUGUCCAAUAUGCUCUUUUUCAAAUGAUUUUACUACAACAUUAUCCAACUUGGAUAUGAUGAGAAGUAAUGGCAGUUCCCUGCCAACCUGUGAAAAUUGUGGAAUUAGUUCAACAUUUGAGUUGUUGAAAAAGAGCAUGGCGCAUAAAAAGCAACAAGAAACUCCAGGGGUAGUAGAUUUGAUGACUUUUAAUGAGUCUGAGUGUCCAAAAUGUACCUUUAUCAAUCAUCCAAGUAUGGUACAAUGUGAAAUAUGCGGUACUGAUUUACCUAACUUAUGGAGCAACAGUUUUGUUGACUCAGAAAAUAAUCCAUUAGUUAGUAAAUCUCCUAUUAAUUUAAUGACUCUAGAACCAUAUAAAUCAAUAGAUCUUAAUGUUGUAAAGAUUUCAUUUAGAAAGGGUGGUCAUUCUGAGGUAUAUGAAGAUUUAAAACGAAUUAUCGAAAACAAUGAUGAACACUCAAACAAAAUCAAAAAUGAAGCCAAUCUACUCGAAAGCAAGCAAAUAGGUAAUUUUUCUUCAUUCAAAGGAAUUCAUGGACUAGCAAAUAAGUCUGAACAACAAAAUCAAGAGGCCUCACUAUUAUUAAGCAAAUCCCUACAAGAUUUAGAGCAACUACUCUCAAAAGCGGAGGAAUUGAUUGAUUUAUCUAAAAAAUACCAACUUUUGAUGAAAAAUAUGAAACCUGGUGGGGAAAAAGAUAUAAACUUCACGCUUUUGUCUGAAUCCCGGAAAUCAGUAACGAAAUUACAAGAUAUCAUGCAGAAUGAUCAAAUUCAAAAAUCAAUAAAUAAAACAAAGAAUAUCAAUUCACUUAACUCAUUAAAGAAGGGUAAAUCAACUACCAAAGUUUCUGGGAUGCCCCUCGAAUACAUUAAAGAGCUAUCUAGAAGUAUAUAUGACUUUCUUACAGAUGAAAAUAUUUUAGACAAGAAUAACGGACUGGUUACAAUGUUCGAGCUGUAUUCGUUGUAUAAUAAUUCAAGACAAGUGAAUUUGGUUACACCAGAAGAGUUUUUUGGUGCUGUGGUUAAAUUUGAGGAAAUAGGUGAUGGCUUGGCCGUUAGUAAAGUUUCUACGGUAAGAAAGGAGUACAAAAAUGAUGCUGAUACCAUUGAUGGCGGUGCUUUCAUCUAUGUGAUUUCCAAAAAGAACGGCAGCAAAGAUGUGAAUAGAAAAGUGUUUUUAACUGUCAGUUCUAACCCUGGAAUACGAAUUAUGGAAAUUCAAGCACAUAUACAAGUGAACUACCUAAUUUUAAAGUCAAUAUUAAAUGCCUUGGUCAAUGAUGGCAGCUUAACUAUUGACGAAAGUAUAGAAGGCUGUACUUAUUGGCCAAACGAAAUUCUGGAAGCUAACGCUUUGAAUGCAGAUGUUAGUACCAACAAUUUAUCCUUUCCCAAAUGUGACUCUACUAUGGAUAAGGGCGAAAAAGCGGAUGGAUUACCAAAAAACUCAAAAAUUACUGUUACCCAGAACAAUAAUAUUGGAAAUUCAGAAUGGUACAAAGAAUUACGAAAUUUGGAUUUUUCAUGA